CUCCGCCUGGGCUGACGCAGACACCCGAAACCAACAGGGACUCCCCCGAGGUUCUCUGGUGCCUGGCCGACGCCACUUUUGAGCUUGGUUCCGAGCACGGCCCACCACCGCGUUCCCCGCAGAGAACCUCCCUUGGACAUAUCGAGCUGGCAGCCGGCAGCUCCCCAAGGGUCACGGUGCUGUCAGAUGAGUGACAUCCGCCCUGAAGCUUCCGCACUGUGUUUCUGACCAUUAUUUGUGAAGAUUAUUUGUGAAAUGUUACAGUACAUCUGCUGUCUCAAAAUCAGCAUGUGCAUAAGUAUUUAAUAAAUAAGUUUUUAGUUUUUGGUUUGAAUUCACCACAUUUCGUUGCACCGUGUGUUACGCUAGAAGUGUGUGCGCUGAUUUCCCUGUUUGUUCGCUCGAUGUAGUUUAUUUUUUGUCAGGGUGGGGGGCCAAGUUAAACGGCGGCAGCAUCGGCAUGCGAUUAACAUGCUGGUCGCUGCUACAGCGACGCACGCAGACCCCUGAGCUGAGACACCGCUGUGGGCUGCCCGAUCGUAUGUGGAACAACUCCGGUAAUGUUAUUAAGACCCUGGACUGGGCACCUCCCCUCUGUGAGAUGUCAUUGAUCCUGGGGGAGGGAGGCAGGCAGGGUGGGCGGGGCCUGAGCGAUCGGAGUGAAGGCCAGUGUACGUGUUCGCUCAGCCACUUCGGCUUCUCUGAUCUUGAGGACAGGUGAGGGUUGAUCUUAGAUGACUUUCGGUGAAGCACGAACACCUUGGACCAUCGGGAGCUCAUGGAGAUCAGGUAAGGGUAUGAGAUUGGUUUGUUUGGUUAACAGGUGUUCUAGUUGGCCCUAUCUUUUCAUACAAGUCCAGUCUGAAAGCGUCUGUAUUCCCCAGGGUGUUGUGUUUAAUGUUACAACUUUAUAUUCCUAUUAUGUAGGAUUUUUUAAAAUCCAUUAAGUGUGUUUUUUUUUUUUGUUUUUUUUUGCUGUAUGUUGCUUUGUACUGAAUUGUAAGGUGCUUGGUGAAUUGUAGGCCAAUCCCAACAGCAUAUUUUAGAAAUCCUAGAAUACCAACUGGAUUUGCUAUAAAGCACAAUUUUUCUACAUCUGAUAUAAGAAAAUGUAGUCAGUUGAUUGUGUGUGUGUGACUGUAGACAUCGAGACUUUAUGGCGACGUGAGAUUUUAAAUAGUAUUGAAACUCGAAAUCUUGAGAUUCUGCUGUCCGUGUUUGUUCAACCGUUCAUAUGUGUGGCGUAAAGGGGUGAAGAAAAGCUAUUCAUUCAGACAUAACACCCCCACUGUCCCCAUUCAUCUUUUUUGACUAAGGUUAAGAUCAAAAGGUGAUCAAACAGGAAAUAAUCUGUUAAUAAGCAAAGUGCCUUAGCACAGCAUUACAUCCAUCCAUCCAUCCAUCUUCCAGUCGCUUUUCCUGGUGAGGGUAAGGGGCGGGGCCGGAGCCUAUCCCAGGCAGCACAGGGCAAACGGAUGGGUGCCCCCUAGAUGAGAUGAUGGUCAUGGAUGAUGCAUGCCUUAAGAAAAGUAUAUUACUGCAGCUACUCCAUAUUAAUUCCGUAUCCAUAUUAAUUCAUGUAGAGAAGAUGCUUCAUUACCUUUUUUGGCGAAUGAUUUCGUGUGCAGGUACUAAUUAUAAAAACAGGUAAUUAACGCAAGAGCUUGUGUUUUGUAUUACAAGAACUUUUCCAUUGAGGAUUGUGACAGUUUCCCUUGUAUCUCGGGAAGUAUAGGGUGUGUUGGGAAUGUCCUGGACUGGAUGCUCUGCGGCAGGACAUUGUGCCCUUUUAGGUUCACAUGAGCGGCAUUUAAAGCACAACGUAAUUAGAUCAGGGUCCUUUGAAUUGCAUGAAUACGGCAAAAGGAUUGUUUUUUUUCAUGGGAGGAAACUGGCAUCGCUGGAAAUUGUUGACCAAAACAAAUUGAAACUGCAGAAUUUUGAUAGGAAAUGAAAAUCCUAGUAAGAUUUAAGCAUUUUCUGCCCUAUUUAAGAUUCCUUUUUCCAUUACUUAAAAUUAUACUCCAAAAAAAAACCAGUGCUUAAAAAUGAGAAAUCCUUAUAGUUUCAUAUUAAAAUACCCUCAGGCUGAAAAUUAUUUCGUUUACUAAACACAAAUGUGUGACUUAUCUUCUAGCCCAGCUUGUUGUACAUAUGGAUAAAUAGUUGGCAAGUUAAAAUGCAUAUAAAUACAAAUGUUUGUAUUCUUUUUUGUUUAGAUUAAUGAUGUCGCUCCUGUAUUGCCAUCCUGUCAAUCAUGCCAUAUUGUCUUCAGCUCAACGACGGACUGAUUCAACAAAAAAAAGAGCUUGAUUGUUCAGCUGACUCAUCAUCCUCGUGCUUGGGGACUGAGGUUGGGCUUCCUCAUUUGACCCAGCAGGACCGUUUGGGAUAGAAGCCGGACACAGCCUGUGACCAUGUUAUGGCUGAUGUGUCAUUGUUAAAGCAAUCGUUGAAGCUGGUUACAUCUAGAUGCCAUAGAAAACAUCUAUAUUUGCAGAUUGCCACAUUCUCUGGUGUGGACAGAGUUCAGUUAGGAUUGGUGUCCAAUCACCAAUAAGGAAGCGAGGGGAACCGCAGUGGGAUGAUGGACCCCAUAGUGGGUCCGAAUGUAUCAGUGGCAGGCUGCUGGGACGGCUGCGGAAACGACAGCGACAUGGACAGACACUUUACCUAUCACCAGGAACCCCUCUUCAGCUCUCCAGAACUGGUACUGGUGACGACGGUAUGCGUCCUGCUGUUGGUGGUGGGCCUGGUGGGCAACACACUGACCGUGCUGGUGGUGCGCCUCCGCCGGGACUUGCGAAGCACCACCUACAUAUAUCUCUGCAGCAUGGCUUUCUCUGACAUCAUCAUCCUGCUACUGAUGCCCAUUGACCUCUACAAGCUGUGGAACUUCCAGCCCUGGCUGCUGGGUGAUGUGAUCUGCAAGCUGUCCCAGUUCCUCAGCGAGGGCUGCACCUUCGCCAGUAUCCUACACAUCACGGCACUGAGCGUGGAACGCUACCUGGCCGUGUGCUUCCCGCUGCACGCCAAGGUGCUGGUGACUCGUGGCAAGGUGAAGGCGCUUAUCGGGGUGCUGUGGAUGGUGGCACUGCUGAGCGCCGGGCCCGUCUUCGCACUGGUGGGUGUCGAGCAGCUGGACGACAGCGGCGGGGCCGAGUGCCGCUGCACGCAGUACGCCAAGGCUUCAGGCCUCUUGGGUACAAUGAUGUGGCUGUCCAACCUGUACUUCCUGGUGCCCGUCUCCUGCCUCAGCCUCCUGUACGGACUCAUCGCCCGCAGGCUGUGGCACCGGCGGCGCUGUGCCCACCGGGACGGGGCCAACCGCCAGACCGUCAAGAUGCUGGCGGUCAUCGUCCUGGCCUUCGUCCUCUGCUGGCUGCCCUUCCACGUGGGCCGCACCCUCUUCUCCAUGUCUCUGAGCUCCAGCCCGGACAUGUACUACAUCAGUCAGUACUUCAACCUUGUCUCCUUUGUGCUGUUCUACCUCAGCGCAGCCAUCAACCCCAUCCUGUACAACACCAUGUCCACUCGGUACCGUGCGGCGGUGCGCAGCCUGCUGGGCCUCAGCGCCUCCGCUCGGCGGGGCGGCAGCGGCUCCGGGGGGGGCAUGCAGCUUGUUGCUGCCCCCCCACGCUUCCCACAUCUCAUUCCCCUACAUUCUAACUCCACCUCGAACCUGUGACAAGACCAGACCUGUCAUGCAUUACUCCUGGGCCUGGGACAAAAUGACUUCAACCGGGUGCACCCCCUCCCAUAUGGGCACCCCCCCACGCAUAGGCCCAAGACAGCUUGAGAUGGUGGGCCUGACUGGAC